CAUACCUAUGCACACGUAUUUAGAGUCUAGACUAUCCGAUUACGGCGUUUCACAGUAGAGGGGCGACAUGCGGUUUCCUAGCGCUAGUUGCCAAGUGACGGAGCAUAAACACUGUGCGAAGUUUAUUUUUUUUGGUAAUCAAACUGUACUUGGAGUAUGCUACGGGGACAAGACAAACCGAGACAGAUUUGAAUUCAGUAGCGGGAACUUGAACAUUUGACCUGCCAAGAAAAAUGACUCUGUUUGAGGGGAAAUAUAUCGACAGAUGCCCUAAUUUAAGAACGGCUGGUAAACUCAUACCAAUUGGAGACAGAGCUGAGACUUGCUUACAGGAGACCACUCCAAGGCCUAUCACCCCACCAGUGGUUAAGAAGUUCCUCAGCAGUUCACGGCCAGGACUUGGGGUCGUCCGCAUUUUUCAUGGGAAAGCCAAUGACCCUGAUAUUGCCAGCACACGGUUCCAUGGGAAGAGGACCAAGCCACCUGUAGCUGGAGGGUUAGUAAUCAACCCAGUGCCAAAAACCCUAUAUCAGCAGAAGCUUCGUCAACUACAAGAAGCUGGCUAUUUCACCAAUAAGAAAGCUCCACUGGGGAGGUCACAUGACCAGAGUCCAGGUCUGCCAGAGGGGUUGAAUAUUCUCACAACCACAUUUGGUUUGAAGUACCUGAAAGGAUUGACUGCUGGUGAGAUGGUCAACCCCCCAAAGACAGCAGAGCAGGUGGAGAAAGAGAGCCAGGAGGGGCAUCAGCUAUAUAUCCGGUCUCAUGAUUCAUACUUUGUGGGGGAACCUAUCAAAAGAAAUUACAAGUGGAGUCAGUACGUGAAGGAAAGCCGGUUCGGAGUUGCCACCCCCCACGCCAACGAUGGAAAGGCCGUCGCCAAGUCCCUCCACUGGACAAAUUACACUUGCACACUGGAUUCCAAGCGCAAUGACAACUUCAAAGAGAGGUUCCAGCCGCAGGUUGGAAAAGCGCUUGACCCUAUUGUGGAUACACUCAAUGUUCCAGCAGAUCACACAUUUGGAAUCGUGAUGCCUUCUCAAAACUUUGGUGUGGGUGACCUCCUGGACUGCAGUUCUCCGGAACAGUCGUUGAAAGGGACUGAAAAAGAGCGAGCCCUUGUCAGUGCGGUUCAAGAGCACCUGAAGAAGGCCAACUUCCAAAACUUCAACUCCCUGCUGCAGGCAUUCAGGCACUAUGACAAGAAAGGACAAGGAUGGAUUGAUAAGGAGGACCUGCAGACUGUUUGUUGGCAGCUUAACCUGGUCCCCAGUGCCCCAGUCCUGGACAGCCUGAUGGAGUGUUGUGAUGUCAAUAAGGAUGGGCGGAUUGACUUCCUGGAAUUUGCCAACUUCCUCAACUGGAAGGGCAAGAUGCCCAUCAACACACUAGAGCAGCGGAUUCUCACUGGAGUGUGUAAACCUAGCUCUGCCCUUGCACAUGUGCAAAGAGUCAAAAUUCAGGAACCUGAUGAGCAGGACCUGCCGGGGGCAUCAAAAGCAUUGGUCCGGCCUGAGGAUCUGGAGCCGAUCCAAGCGGGCGGCACCCUGAAGACUCCCAAAACGCUGGCCCGGCCCAAAACAGUCCCGCCCAGCUUCGUAACAUCGUCCUCCCUCAUCGGAGCUGGUGUGGGCGGCUCUUCCACUGCCAACUACCGUAGGUUUGGGAUCCCCACGGUGCGCACUGAUUUGCCCACCCCGCUCCUCAAGCGCACCGGCGACAGGACAAACUACGGCGAUGAGUCGACAGCGCGUGACCUGCUGCAUCCGACGCUGUUCUCCCUCAGGGGAGUCCACGAAGAGCACCUUUUCACACCCCGCCCCAAAGAGGAGAUUUCAAGGAUAUUCCGUAAUGUGGGUGUGGACGUAUCUCAGGAUGUGUUUGAGGAGGCGUGGAAGCUGGCAUCCCUGAAACACCAUACGGGGGAAGUGUGUGUGGAGACCUUCCGGAAUGUUCUGAUGGAAAUACAGGCAAAUUAAAUAUGGCUCACUGUUGUAUUAUAUGGCAACAGAUAAUUAGAAAAUCACUUAUUUAAAGUAAAGCAUUUUAAGUUUCUUAUUUUUAGAGAGCGAUAAACAAGCCUACACUCUGUAUUUAUACUGCAAAAUCACCAUAGGGUUGAUAAGAAUUUCAGGCAGUUUCCCUGAAAACAUUGCUGUCCUUACUUUGUCCAAAAUGACUAAAUUAACUCUUCAAAAUGGAAGAUCUGUUAUAUUGUGUAAACACGAUCAGUCUCUUUUCUAUUUACAUUGUAUUUCAGAUGAGCUGUGUCACUCAGCAUAUAAAUUUAAAUUGUCAUCAAUGCCAUUGACCGGCUUCUAAAUAAUAAAGCAGUGACAUAA